CCUAGUUUGAAGGAAGUGAGGAAGAGGAGGAAGCUAAAGAGGAAGGGGGAAAAAUGGAGGCCGAGGUUUGUUGCAGUUGAAAGUGGUUUUUAACAUCCUUCAUUCUCCAAAUCCAAAGUCAUUUCUGAUUUUCCCCAAACUGAAACUAAAACAUCCAACAUGGUGGAGUUUUGUUGUCUGGUUUUAUUCUCAUCUGUGAGGAUUUCCUCUUUAGAUUAGCAGCAUUUUCCCUUAUUUUCAUAAAAGUGCCACUUUCACUUCACUUUCAAUUGUAUUUUUUCAUUUUAACACUUUAUUUUGUUCCUUUUCUAAAUCCUGUGCGAUAGACUGAGAAGGAUGAGGUGGGUUAAACAUGUUAUCUGGGAUUAAAUCACCUUAAUUUUAAGCAAAAAGUCCAGAAAUCAUUUGUGUUAUACAGCUCCUCCACCUCUUCAGGGCAUUUUGACACUGUUUGUGUUUUUUUAUAUCUCUAACAAUUUUCUAACACAAAGAUGGACAAACCCUUUGAGAAGGUAGGCACAAGCAGAAUAUCCUAAAUUAAAUCCUUUAUAUGCAGUUGCCCACUUAAUGUGUUAAAAUGGGGCAUUUCAUCCAAAAUGUCUUGUUUUACCUCCCAACUUUCUGCCACAUAGAGAGAAAAUGCAUGUGAGGAUCAUAAGGUGAGUUCAUGCAUGUUACAGGAGCUGAACUGUAACAUGCAUGUUAUUAUGAGUAGAAAUGGGCUGAAUAUAAAUGCAAACUACACCAACAAGGUGUUUAACUGAAUCUAAUCUGGUAGUAAUGCACCAUUAGACUCACAGGUAUUUUAUAACAACUCAACUUUAGAAGUAAUUUAAAGUAGUUUAUCUUCCAGGUUCUCUGUCUCAGUAAAAAUCCCAAACCUUUCCAGUUUUAUCCCCUCUUUCUUUCUCUAAAACCACGUCAUCUUCUUUAACUUGAAUGUCUUCUUCUCUCUUCCAGAUGGACACGGAGGCCAGCGACCUGCUGAACGACCUGCAGGUUCGGCUCAACAACGUUCUGGACGACCUCAGCAGCACGUUUGGGAACAGCUUCCAGAGCCGCAUCACCGACUGCAUGCGGCAGAUGGCGUCGCUGCUGUACCAGAUCAAAGGACCGCUCAACGAAAACACCAAGAACCAGGUGGAGGCCAACUCAGACAACAUGCUGCGGCCGCUCAUGAACUUCCUGGAUGCGCAAUUGACGCUGUUCGCCACGGUGUGUGAGAAAACCGUACUGAAGCGCGUUCUGAAGGAGCUGUGGAGGAUCGUGAUGACCAGCCUGGAGAAGAACAUCGUCCUGCCGCAGGGGAACGACACCUUCGUGAGUCUGAUGCUCGUCUCCGUCACUAGACAGGUUUCCAUCCAAAUGUGAUGCAAAUUUUUAUUUAUAUUUAAUAUUGU